AUGAGUAUUGAACAAGAAAUUCAAGAGGCCAUGGCAAAUCUAGAUCAAGAAAUUUCUGAAAAGAAAGUGAUGUUAUAUGGUGAAGAUCCUCUUAAACUUGAAGUUCUUCGAAAAGGAAUCGAUAAAAUUCACAAACCAAACUUAGGUUACAAAGAAAUAUCAGAUUUUGUUUCACUUUGUCUUUAUUACGAAGAUUUAUAUCAUAGAAGACCAGAUGUGAUCUCUAAAACACUUGUAAAAUCUGCAGCUCAAGAAUUGUUACCUAAAGUUGAUGUUUUUGAAGACUACGUUGAUGAAUUAGCUAAAUUCAAUCAAGGUGCAGAUGAUUAUUCGCAAGAACUCAAUCGCAAAAUACAAAUUCUUGAUGAGCAAAUUAACGAACUUCAAAACCAAUUGGGUUUAUAA